GCUCCCCGUGCCCCUCCCGUCCCAUCCACGCGGUCCCGUCACGCCGCUCCCGUGCGGUCCGUGCCGCUCCCUCGGGUGCCGGUGACGGUCCCGCCCCGUCAGCGCCGCUCCGGUGCUCAUCCCGUGCCGUCCGGUGGGCGCGGAUGGCGCCGCGUGGCUCGGGCCCGUGGCUGCUGCUGGCCGUGGUUCUGUGCGCGGCGGCCGAGCCCCGGUGCCCGUCGUGCCCGGCGGGCGCCGAGCGGUGGCUGCUGGAGGAGGUGGCCAAGAAGCAGCUGCUGGAAAAGCUGCGGCUCCGCGAUCGCCCGCGGCUCGCCCACGCCGUGCCCCGCGCCGCCGUGGCCCGCGCCCUGCGGCGGCUGCAGGCGGGAGGCGCCCGCAGGAGCCCCGGAGGUCCAGGGGAGGAGGAGGAGGAGGAAGAGCAGAGCUACGAGAUCAUCAGUUUCGCUGAGACAGAUCUCACAUCUCCCUCCAGUUUGGGGCUGCAAUUCCAGUUCAGCCAGGCACAGGACCAGGACCUUCGCAUCCUGCAAGCUCAGCUCUGGCUCUACCUGCGAGUGCCCCGUGCCAGCCUCACCCUGAGGAUCUUCCUGGCCGCGGAAGCCGGGGCUGGGGCGGGGGGCAACCGCACGCUGCUGGGCGAGAGGCAGCUGAGCACGACGGGCAGCGGCUGGCGCUCCUUCCCCCUCCUGCCGGCGCUGCAGAGCUUCUUCUCCGGGCAGAGCCGGACCCUGCGGCUGGAGCUGGAGAGCCGAGGGGGUGGCAGCGAUGUCUCAGCACAGCUCAACGCCAGCUGGUCCCACCAGCCCUUCCUCGUGGCCAAGGUGAAGGUGAGGGAGCCCGAACACCGCGUGGCCAAGCGCAGCCUCCGCUGCAGCCAGAACUCCAACCUCUGCUGCCGCAAGGAUUUCUACGUGGAUUUCCGCGACAUUGGUUGGAACGACUGGAUCAUCAAGCCCGAGGGCUACCAGAUAAAUUACUGCGUGGGCCAGUGCCCUCUGCACGUGGCAGGCAGCCCUGGCAUGGCCUCUUCCUUCCACACAGCCGUCUUCAACCUCGUCAAAGCCAACAACAUGCAAGCCUCGGGCCAUUCCUGCUGCGUGCCCACGCGGCGCCGCCCGCUCUCAGUGCUCUACUUCGAUCGCAACAGCAACAUCGUCAAGACUGACAUUCCCGACAUGAUUGUUGAUGCUUGUGGCUGUAGUUAGGGCUGGGGGAGUUGUGGUGGGACCCCCCCUUCUCCAGGACUGUCCUGCUGGUGGAGGGGGAGGGAGCCGGAGAGCUCCGUGAGGUGGAGUCAGCCCUCGGUGGAUCCCUUUGGAGAGGCUGGGAGGGAGAGGGUCUCCUCAGGGGGAGCAGGGGGCUUUGGGGACACGUGGGACAGAGCCAAGGCCACAUCAGAGCGCCCAAGGCUGGGCUGUGGGUGUUGGUGGCUCUGGACAUCCCUGCCUGCACUGUUCCCGAGCUGAUCCCACAUUCCUGGUGCUCAUGUUCCCCUCCUGGUUCACGUUCAGUGUCCCGUGAGGGGUUGGGACGUGGCUUCCUCGGGGCAGAGUGAGAGGCAGAAACGGAGCUGCUCCCUCCACGUGGCAGCCUGCAGGACAAGGCAGUCCUGCCCGUUUCCCUUCUGGAACAAACCUUCCUGCAUCCACCUCAGGCCUGGCUUUGGGGACACACACAAUGGGGCACAAAGAACAGGCCUGGGAGAGGAGGAUGAAGAGUGUGACUUCAUCAAGAACCCCAAACCAGCAGUGACAGGACAAAGUUCUCUGAUCCCUGGAGGGCACAGAGCUGUGAGGACCAAACUUCCAGGUCCUGUGUGCUUCCCCUUUCCCUGGGUUUGUGCUUUCCUCCCCCAGCCAGGUCUCCUCCAGCCUGGUGCCUCCACAGGGGAGGUCUGGCCCAAACUUUACCUUCAAGACCACACCCAAGGUACAGAUUUGGGUUGUGCUGCUGGUUUUGCAGCUAUCCCUACUUCCCUGCAGCUGUUGGGAUUCCCUGGUGCUCCAUCCUCUCUGCUGAAGAUCCCACUCUGCCUUCCCCUUCCUCAUGCACCCCCAUGGCCUCUGCUUUAAUUUAUUACACAUUUUGGUGCAGCUUCCCAAAUAAAAGGGUGGAAAUGCAA